CCUUAACCAAGAACGGCCAAACAAACAUAUAAACAUUUGGAUUUGGACUUUGGACUGUUGUCUUUGCUUACAAGUGAGAGAAUGUUUGUGCCCUUUUCCCCAAUUUAAUUAUUGCAUUGCUCCCCCAUGCCAUCAUCGCUCCAACAAUGAACAAUCUGCCCGUAUAUUAUUAAUGAUCACACUACAUAAAGAACAUCGACAAGAAUUGGCGUAGAAUUCUCAGAGGGGAGGAAAAACCCGAAGCACGCACCAGAGAGGAGAAGAAGAAGAAGGGUUUCGGCGGGUAGUUUCUGUGGAAAAGGGGGAAGACAAUUCUGGGUUUCGUUUCUUGAUUUUGAUCAGAAUCAAGGGUUUUCAGGGAUUUUGAUUAGAAAUAUAAAAUAUGAACGCGAAAACCAAGAAGAGAACUGUGGCUGAGAAUGGCGACACAGGCGAGGACUCUGUUCUCGCGACCAUGGUCAGCAAUGGGGAGGAUUUGGGGCCAAUGGUUAGGCUUGCUUUUGAGACAGGGAAGCCUGAUUCUCUUUUACAGCAGCUUAGGAACUUAGUUAGAAAGAAAGAAGUUGAAAUUGAAGAGCUAUGUAAACUCCACUAUGAGGAAUUUAUUGUUGCAGUUGAUGAGCUACGUGGUGUCUUGGUCGAUGCAGAAGAGCUGAAAACUGAGCUGUCAAGUGAUAAUUUUAGGUUACAACAGGUUGGCAGCGCCUUACUUAUGAAACUUGAAGAGCUAAUCGAAUCAUAUUCUAUUAAGAAGAAUGUUACUGAAGCCAUUAAGAUGUCGAAGCACUGCGUUCAAGUCUUGGAUCUCUGUGUGAAGUGUAAUCAUCACGUCUCCGAAGGUCGUUUUUAUCCGGCUUUAAAAGCUGUCGAUCUGAUUGAGAAAGUUUAUUUGCAGAAUAUUCCUGUUAGGACAGUGAAGUUGCUGAUAGAGAAGAGACUACCUGUGCUAAAAUCGCAUAUAGAGAAGAAGGUGUGCAGUGAAGUUAAUGAAUGGUUAGUUCACAUAAGGAGUGCUGCAAAGGAUAUUGGGCAAACGGCUAUAGGAUAUGCUGCAUCUGCUCGUCAGAGGGAAGAGGACAUGCUGGCUCGUCAAAGGAAAGCAGAAGAACAGAGUUGUUUGGGUUUAGAAGAUUUUACUUACACGUUAGAUGUUGAAGAAAUUGAUGAAAAUUCUGUUCAAAAGUUUGAUCUCACGCCUCUUUAUCGAGCGUAUCAUAUUCACACUUGUCUUGGGAUCCAAGAACAGUUCCGUGAUUAUUACUACAAAAAUCGGUUUCUGCAGCUGAAAUCUGACUUACAGAUAUCAUCAGCCCAGCCAUUCCUUGAGUCACAUCAGAUCUUUUUGGGUCAUGUUGCAGGUUAUUUUAUUGUUGAAGAUCGGGUCUUCAGAACAGCUGGCGGGUUGCUCUCACCAACUGAGCUUGAGACAAUGUGGGAAACAGCUGUGGCUAAAGUAACUCAAGUCUUGGGGGAACAGUUUUUGCAUAUGGAUGCAGCAAGCCACUUCCUCCUGGUGAAGGAUUAUGUGACUCUUUUUGGAGCAACACUCAGACAGUAUGGUUAUAAUGUGGCCCCAGUCCUUGAAACUUUAAGUAGUAGUCGUGACAAAUAUCACCAGCUUCUUUUAGUAGAGUGCCGCCAACAAAUCACUGAUAUCCUUGCUAAUGAUACGUGUGAGCAAAUGGUAAUGAAAAAGGAGUCAGACUACCAGGCAAAUGUUCUCUUAUUCCAUCUCCAGACCUCAGACAUAAUGCCGGCCUUCCCAUACAUUGCUCCUUUCUCUUCCAUGGUGCCUGAAUGUUGUCGCAUUGUUCGUACAUUUAUUAAGGACUCAGUUAAUUACCUGUCUUAUGGGGCACAAAUGAAUUAUUUUGAUUUCGUUCGUAAGUACCUCGACAAGCUCUUGAUUGAUGUCUUAAAUGAAGUCAUACUGAAGACAAUAAACAGUGGUUCCACUGGUGUUGCCCAGGCAAUGCAGAUUGCUGCGAAUAUAGCUGUUUUAGAGAGGGCCUGUGAUUAUUUUCUCCAGCAUGCUGCACAACAAUGUGGAAUUCCAGUCAGAUCGAUUGAUAGACCUCAAAGUGGUCUAGCAGCCAAGGUUGUUCUUAAAACCUCAAGGGAUGCUGCUUAUCUUGCUCUACUCAGUUUAGUGAACUCCAAAUUAGAUGAAUUCAUGUCACUUACAGAAAACGUAAAUUGGACAUCUGAUGAAACAUCUCAGCAUGGAAAUGAUUACAUAAAUGAGGUUCUUAUAUAUCUUGACACUGUUUUGUCCACCGCCCAGCAAAUUUUACCUUUGGAUGCUUUGUAUAAAGUUGGCUGUGGAGCUCUAGAGCAUAUAUCCAACUCAAUUGUGGGAGUUUUUCUCAGUGAUAGUGUAAAGAGGUUUAAUGUUAAUCCAGUUGUGACCAUCAACCAUGAUUUAAAGGCAUUGGAGACUUUUGCAGACGAAAGGUUUCACUCUACCGGAUUGCAUGAGAUAUACAAAGAUGGGAGCUUCCGUGCUUGCUUGAUAGAAGCCAGACAACUGAUAAACCUUCUCUUGAGCAGUCAGCCUGAGAACUUUAUGAAUCCUGUAAUAAGGGAGAGGAACUACAAUGCUUUGGACUACAAAAAGGUGGCUUCUAUCUGCGAGAAGUACAAGGAUUCAGCUGAUGGCCUUUUCGGUAGCCUUUCAAACAGAGCCAAAAACCAAAGCGCCCGAAAGAAGUCCAUGGACAUGCUAAAGAAAAGACUGAGGGAUUUCAACUGAGAGAGCUUGGAAUUUUCUAUGAUGGUUUAGAUUAGCCGAAAUUUUUAGUAUUCCAUUAAAGUUCAAAAAUUAUGUGGAUUAUUUUUCAUUCAUGCUAAUAUUCUUUAUCGGAAUAGAGUUUGACAUGAACUCUUUUCUUUUCUUAUAUCAAAUCUGUCUUACUCAACUUCCGUCUCUAUAAGACAUGGAAUAGGUAUUUGUGAGAGCUUUCACGUAUUGUUA